UUGCUGUUGCCGGGCUGCCGGCCCGGCCGUGCGGCGGCCGUCCCGGGGCGAUGCCGGUGCCGGGCCUGCCGGGCCAUGGAGAUCCGCUGCGGGGGGCUCCUCUUCAGCUCGCGCUUCGACUCGGGCAACCUGGCGCACGUGGAGCAGGUGCGGCCCGCCGAGCCGGGGGGCGGCCCCGCCGCCCGCGCCAGCGCUCUCCCCGCCGCCGACUACGAGUUCAACGUGUGGACGCGGCCCGACUGCGCCCACACGGAGUAUGAGAACGGCAACAGGUCGUGGUUCUACUUCAGCGUGCGGGGGGGAGCCCCGGGGAAGCUGAUCAAGCUGCACAUCCUGAACAUGAACAAGCAGAGCCGGCUGUACGCGCAGGGCAUGACCCCCUUCGUGCGCACGCUGCCCGUGCGGCCGCGCUGGGAGCGCAUCCGGCAGCGCCCCAGCUUCCAGGUGGUGGAGACGCAGUUUGUGCUGUCCUUCGUGCACCGCUUCCUGGAGCACCGCGGGGCCACCACCUACUUUGCCUUCUGCUACCCCUUCUCCUACACCGAGUGCCAGGACAUGCUGGCACAGCUGGACGGCCGCUUCCAGGACUGCAGGCACAUGUCCCCCAGCAGCCCCCUGGACUCGGUCUAUUACCACCGGGAGCUGCUGUGCCACUCGCUGGACAAGCUGCGUGUGGACCUGCUGACCAUCACCUCGUGCCACGGCAUGCAGGAGAAGCGGGAGCCCCGGCUGGACAAGCUUUUCCCAGACACCAGCACACCCCGGCCUCGCUGCUUCACUGGGAAGAGGGUGUUUUUCCUCAGCAGCAGAGUGCACCCAGGAGAAACCCCCUCGAGCUUUGUCUUCAACGGCUUCCUGGACUUCAUCCUGCGGGAGGAGGAUCCCCGCGCCCAGAUGCUGCGGCGCAUGUUCGUGUUCAAGCUGAUCCCCAUGCUGAACCCCGACGGGGUGCUGCGGGGCCACUACAGGACCGACUCGCGCGGGGUGAACCUGAACCGGCAGUACCUGCACCCCGACGCCGAGCUGCACCCCGCCGUCUACGGGGCCAAGGCCGUGCUGCUCUACCACCACAUCCACAGCCGCGUGCUGCCCGGCUCUCCGGACUGGAGGACGUUUGUCUCCCCUCUCAGCACCGGCUCGCUGAGCUUAAAAUCUCCCAACUGUCCCACCCCUGCCGCGGAGGCCGCGUUAUCAGAGCUGGACAAAACCAACAACCUCCGCAACUCCCCCGGCGCCUGGCGUGCCGGCACCGGCCCCGGGACGCUGGCCCGGGAUGCCCAGCUGUCCGACAGCACCGAGCCGGCCGCCUGGAUCCUGCCGUCGAGCCACAGCAGCGGGCACCGUGAGGAGGGGCCGUGGGCGCCUGCCCCAGCCGCCGAGCCCGGCGCUGCCGAGCCCGCAGAGCCCAUCGCGCCCCGGGACAGUGGCCUGGCUUACUACGUGGACCUGCACGGGCACGCCUCCAAGCGCGGCUGCUUCAUGUACGGCAACAGCUUCAGCGACGAGAACGACCAGGUGGAGAACAUGCUGUUCCCCAAGCUCAUCUCCCUGAACUCCCCUCACUUUGACUUCACGGGCUGCAACUUCUCGGAGAAGAACAUGUACGCGCGGGACAAGCGCGACGGGCAGUCCAAGGAGGGCAGCGGCCGCGUGGCCGUCUACAAGGCCCUGGGCAUCAUCCACAGCUACACCCUGGAGUGCAACUACAACACGGGGCGCUCGGUGAACAGCAUCCCAGGGGCCUGCCACGACAACGGCCGUGCCAGCCCGCCGCCGCCGCCCGCCUUCCCCUCCCGGUACACCGUGGAGCUCUUCGAGCAGGUGGGCCGGGCGGUGGCGGUGGCAGCCCUGGACAUGGCCGAGUGCAACCCCUGGCCGCGGAUCGUGCUCUCGGAGCACACCUGCCUGGGCAACCUGCGCGCCUGGAUGCUGAAGCACGUGCGGGGGCUGCGCGGCACCGCCGGGGCCCCGCGGAGGAGAGGAGGUGCCAGGACCCCCCCCAGGAGCUCCACCGGGCUGCCCACCUCGGCCUCUGACAACGCACUGGCCCGGGCCAGGAGCUUCAGCAACGGCCCCAGUGUGAGCGGGGGCAGCCAGCAGGACUCCCCCCGGAUCCGAGCCUCCCCCAGCUUCACCUUGGGCAGCCCCCCCAGGCCCCCGGCCCCGGCCGCGGCCUCCCAGAGCCCCGGGAGCGGCGGCAGCGCCCCGGCCCCGGGCAGAGCUGCCCAGGCUGAGCAGACGUCCCCUGCCCCAGGACACAGCCCGGCUCAGAGGUCACAGCUGUGCCCCCAGCUCCUCACUCCCGGGCCCGUCCCCAGGGGCAGCCGGGCAGCGCCGAGCGCCGGCCACGGAGCACGGGAGGCCCAGCGAGGCGUGCAGGAGCUCCAGGACGUGGCACCUCUGCAGGUGCUCCCCAUGAAGCUGAACGCCCGCAGAGCCCCAGGAAGGCCCGGGGCUGCGCCCGGAGGCCCCCGCGCCCCCCCUGAGCACCGAGAGACCCUUCCCGUGCUGGGGCAGCGGCCCGUUCCCCGAGCCGCGGCCCCGCCGUACCGGGCAGCGCCACCGCGGCCCUGCUCCGCCCCGUGCCUGCGGCGCCCGGGCAGGGCCCCGGUAGCGGCGCCGCAGCACCGAUCGCCCCUGGCGCGGCUGCUGCCCACGGCGCCCCUGCUGCUGCGCUGAGCCCGCGGGGGCUGAUGACGCCACGCGGGUGUGUCGUGUAUCAUCGUGUUUCCGUUAAAGCCGGUUUGGAAGGAGCUCGGCCUGGCGCCUCCGGGGCUGCAGCGAGGCCUGGCGGGAGGGAGGGCGGGCGGGCGGCGCGGGGCAUGGCGGGGC